GGGAGUAUACGGUAAACAGCUCUACCCAGAAAUAAAACACGCCUCAGGUUUUGGGAAAGCAUAGGUCUUCUGCUUGUGCUUUUGUUUCAGGAAAAUGAUCUGCAUCUUAUUGGUUGCUGGGCACGGCACGCUGUUGGAAACACAAAUCAAGAACGAUGCCACUGGCCUGUACACUCAUCUAACCGGCAUCCCGAAGGCUCUCCUUCCCGGAGUUGGUGGAAAGAAAAUCCUCGACUUCUGGUGGGAAGCAGUGAACACGAGGCAGCUGUUCAGUGCGGUUUACCUGGUCACCAACGCAGACAAGUAUAAGCACUAUGAACGCUGGGCUACUGCCAAUGACUUCCCUGUGGAAAACAUUAUCAACGACGGAACCACGACCUACGUGACCAGGCUGGGGGCCGUGGCAGACGUGGAGCUGGCGAUCCGGAGCAAGGUGCUGCAGGAUGACGUCAUGGUGAUCGCGGGAGACAUGCUGUGUGCGGAUCAGAAUUUCGACAUCGCUCAGGUCCUGAGAUUCUUCAGGUUAAAGCAAGGUGAGCUGGCAAUUUACUAUGAGAUGGAGGAAGGAGAGACAGCAACGUCCAGAGGGAUUGUGGAAGUGUGCCCCAGUACCCACAGAAUAACAAAGUUCAUGGAGAAGCCCACUGCAGAGCUCACUGAGUCCAGACUAGCCAGUGUGGUGUUCUACUGCUUCCAGAAGAAGACUCUGCCCACCCUCACCCAGUUCCUCAAACUCCAGGCUCGAGUGGAAGACAGAGUCCUGGGGAAAUACCUGCAAUGGCUGAUCAAUGAGCAAAGGGUCCCAGUGACGGGGAUGAAGCUGCCCACCAGAUUUCAGCUCAUUGGACAAGUGGGUCUCUCGGACUAUACCAAGUGGUUAGCUCACUAUUCUGCGAUGCAGCAGGCCUCUCCUGCACAUUCGAUCACAUGCCGCUCCUAUGCAAGGAUUGGAAUUAUGGGAAAUCCCUCUGACGGGUUUAAUGGCAAAACCAUCGCCAUGACAAUCUCUAAUUUCUGGGCGGAAGUCACUCUUUUAAAAAGCCAGACACUGGUUCUGCUUCCCCACCCUCUGAACGACCCCACAGAGUUUGGGAGCCUCCAGGACUUGUACUGCAUCAGCAGGAAGGAGGGGUACCUGGGAGGGCUGAGGUUACUACAAGCAACUUGUAAGAAGUUUUACCAGUUCUGCUCCGUACAGGGAAUUGCCCUCACCAAACAGAACUUCACACUCAAGUAUGACACCAACAUCCCUCGCCAAGUGGGAUUGGCAGGCAGCAGUGCUAUCGUUUCUGCAACGCUAAAAUGCUUAAUGAAGUUCUAUAAUUUAACCGAUAAUGAUCUUCCAAAGCCGAUCCGUGCUAAUUUUGUCCUGGAUGUGGAGUCUGAUGAACUCUUCAUCACUGCUGGUCUUCAGGAUCGAGUCGUGCAGGUCUAUGAGGGGCUGAUAUACAUGGACUUCAGCAAAGAGCUGAUGGAUAAGCAUGGCUAUGGGAGCUAUAUUCCGAUAGACAUGAGCAGUGUACCCCCGUUCUGGCUGGCUUACCUGGGAGACCCCAGCGACUCGGGCAGGAUUCACAGCACCGUGCGGCAGCGCUGGCUGAGCGGGGACACUGAUGUCAUUGAAGCCAUGAAAUCGUUUGCUGAGCUGACAGACCGAGCAAGGGAGGCCCUCGAGUCCAGGGACUGGUCCAAACUAGCAGAGCUGAUGAACCAGAACUUUGAACUGAGGAGGAAGGUCUACACGGAUGAGUGUUUGGGUCCAGGGAAUCUGAAGAUGGUACAAAUAGCCAGGACGUUCAGCUCCGCUGUGAAACUGCCUGGCAGUGGAGGAGCUGUAGUGGGGCUCUGCCUGGACUCAGACAAGCUGGUGGCGUUGAAGAGCGCGUUCCAGGAGGCUGGCUGUGUGUUCUGCCAUGUCGUGCCUUACGAUCCUCGCUCUGCCUUUGGCCAGUGAGGCAGCUGCACUGGACUGGUUUAACUGGUUCUUACAGAACAGAUCUGACAAUGAAAACCUUAUACGCAAAGAACAUUUACGAACCGAAGGGGGGCUAUUAAAUCUCUUCAUUUUGUCAAGUCAGAUUUGAAAGGAUCCCAGUGAUUCAGCCUCGACAUUAUGUCAUCCGUUCCAUCCCCUCCCCACUCUCUGUGCUAGUAGAGCAUGGUGUUUGCUUGUCAGACUGGCUUGCUGAAUUAAAAACUAAUCCUUAGCAGUUCAUAAGUAGAGCACCGGAGCAACCUGGUUUAAUGGACUGUUUUGACCUAGGCAGUAGUUUUGCCUCUGUUGUGAACUAGGCUCACCAUGGUACUGUAAUUGAAUCACGCUUUUUGUAGUUUAUUUAAAAACACGUUUAUAAUGAUUAUGAAAUA